AUGUCCAGGCCCUCUGCCGUCGCAACGCAGGACAAUAAGCGCGGGAUGUCGUUCGAGAAGACGGACUCGUUCGUCGAGCAGAACAGUCCCGAAGGGUCUGAGGCCGCUGCCAUGUCGGCUAGAAGGAGUGCAGCGUGGGCGAAGAUGGACCUCACAGUGCUGCCAGUCGUGACCCUGAUGUACUUCUUCUCCUCCCUGGAUCGCUCAAACAUCGGGAACGCUCGGAUUGCGGGGUUGCAGAAGGAGCUGAAUAUGUCGAACUUCCAGUACAGUCUGGCUCUUACGGUGGCCCUCGUCCCUUUUGUUUUGGUUGAAAUCCCAGCCAACAUGCUCAUGAUUCGCGUUGGCCCACGGCUGCUUUUGCCCACGCUUGUGUGUCUGUGGGGUGUUUCCACGGCAUGCCAAGGUGUGGUCCACAAUGAGUCCGGACUUCUCGCCUGCCGAUUCUUCAUCGGCUUAUUCGAAGGUGGCCUUCCGUGCGGAAUCUAUGUGUAUCUCGCUUCGUUCUAUCCCCGUCGAAUGCUCCAGUUCCGAGUUUCUAUCGUUUUCUCUUCCUCGGCGUUUGCUGGGGCGUUCUCUGGCCUUCUCGCGGCCGCCAUUCUGAACAUGGACGGAGAGGGAUGCCUCACUGUUGUUUUCGGACUAGCGUGUUUCUUCCUGCUUCCAGAUAGCCCAAAAAUGGCGUUCGCCCUGAACGAAGACGAGAAGAUGUUCAUCUCGAAGGCGCUCGCGGAUGAUGGCAUCCUAGAGUUGAAACACCAUGUUGCGCGCCAUCCGUUGGGAGAAUUAUGGCAUACGCUCAAGCAGCCACACAUGCUGAUGUUGUAUUUCAUGGGCGCCACUAGUGGGAUAGGGCUCGUUUCCUUGCAGUUCUAUCUCCCGACUGUCGUCGCCGACCUCGGCUUCGAAGGGAUCCAUGCGCAACUCUUGACUGUCCCCCCUUCGCCGUUAGCGCAUUCAGUACUGUCCGUCACCUGCGCAAUCUUCGCAGACCGAUACUCUCACCGCGGACUCACGGUAAUCCUGUUCUCCAUGAUCUCGACCACAGGUUACGCUCUCUUCCUCGCCUCGGACGCGCACCACGUCCGCUACGCCUCCCUCUUCCUUACGGUCGCCGGCAUCUACUCCCUGCUUGCACCCCUCGGCACCUGGGUCGCGAACAACACCGCGCCGCUCGAGCGCCGCGCGACCGCGCUCGCCUUCUAUGUCAUGUGCGCCAACAGCGCGGGCAUCCUCUCCACCUGGCUCUACGGCUCCCUCUCGCCCGCGCCGCGGUACACCGCGGCGACGGGCACGAUGCUCGCGCUCCAAGCGUCGACGAUCCUGGCAGGCGCGGGGACGCGCGCGUGGCUCGCGCGACAGAACAAGCGCAAGGCAGCCGCGCGGGCGCGGGUGGGGAUGGACGCGAGGGCGGACGAGGGCGAGUUGAAGGAGAUGUCGAGUGAGAGCAUUUGGUUCGAGUACGUGCUGUGA